UUUUUUUUUCAUGGAGUUACCAUAUUUUUAUUUCAAAAAUGUGAAAUGAUUUUUUUCCGGAUUAGUCAAAACGUACGAGUGCUGAAGAAGCAAAAGCAAAUCGUAACGAUUUGGAAAAGGUGAAAUAAAUCGAUUUCGUAAAACUUCUGUGACAUGCCUGAUAAACACCAAAAGUAAAAAUGCCAGGGGCUUCAAUACUUGCUGUAAUGGAUGAAGAAAUAAAUCAGCGGUCUACUGAAAAAAUUCGUCGCCGGACAUUGAGGAACGCAUCAGAUCCUUUAUCUCACUCAAAUGCAGAGUUUAUAACUUAUUAUCGGCUAAAUAAAGAAGCUUUUGUUUUAAUUUUCUCCCCACCUCAAACGUUCCAAUAUACCGGCUAUUAUCCAGCAUGCAACAGCGCUUAGGUUUUUGGCUACGGGUGCAUUUCAAGGAGUUAUAGGUAGAGAUGUGGAGCUAAGCCUUGGGAGAAGUAAAGUUUCUACAAUUAUGUGGAGAGUUAUUAAUGCAAUUGAAGCUGAAAUUUGUUCACAUUGGAUCAAAUUAAGAAUGUCUUCCGAAGAAAAAAGAAAGUCGAAACCAAACAAUUAAUUGUUUUUUUUUUUGUUUUUCCCCUUUCUUUCCUGUCAGUUGUACAUUUCUACACCUUCUUCUUCAACACAUAUGGCAAUAAUUCAACAAUACAAGUCUGCCGUUCAUUUCUGCAUAUUUUUUUGCGUUUUCAUCAUGGAUUAGAAAAAUAAUAGAUUUUUUGUAAAAUAAAUUCCAAAAACAUGUUCAUUCUAAGAGAAUUUGGUUAAUACAAUAUUUUCUGUUAAAUGUAUGUGUCUUCUGUUUAUUUUUUACGUUAAAAUCACUAAACAUUUCAAUUUCACCCUGCUUUUUGAAAGUGAUAUCAAAACGCAAAAUUUUUGCGUUUUCCGUUUUUUAGAGAAGCUAAAAUCGUUUUCGUUUUCACUCUUGAACGAUUUUACAUUCUGUGACAUGCCUGAAUAUCUAAUUUACACUUAUUUCAUUAACAUAAAAGAGGGUGUUGACAACUUGGCAAAAAUACUCCCAUACCUCGAUUUUCAAGAGUGACAGCAUAUCAAUAUGUCGAACCAUUCAUUAGGCGCGCUGCUUGAUCAAAUAUCAAAAGCGGAAAACCAAUGUGCUACACCAAGUGAUGAAGAUUCUUAUAGCUAUUUGGAAGAAAAUACAUCAAAUACCUCAGAGAACAUUUCCGAAGAUAAUGUUGCAAUACUAACCACUAAUGGGCUGGACUCCAUUGAAAUGAAAGAGCAUGAUGAUACGUUACUUCAAGGAUAUAAUCAAUCCCCACCGUCUUAUUCCCCAGCAUUCCUUAAGAAAAUGAGGGAAAAGGAUAUGAAGUGUCAUAAAAGGGCUAUAGAUUUUCUUAGUGGGUUUAUUGAUAAGGACCCAAACCUACACACUGAGAAGGAAAUCAAGCUUAUAAAACGAAGUCUUAAGUUCAUGCGAAAAUUUAAAAGAAUUUAUGUUGAAGAACCCAAGUGCAGCUUUCCGAUUGAAAGAAUUUUACUGCCAACAACAAAUCCAUGGAAGGUAAAGGCAACAAAAGAAUGUAAAAAUAAAAAGACAAAUGAUUGCAAUACAAUAAACACAGUUAGUGGAGCUGGAAGAGAAACAAGAGAUGUUGGUGAGGAAAUUGUAAAUACACCAGAUCAUCAGGCUGCCUUCAGCACAGCUUCAGACAUGCCAACAACUUAUUGCAAGACCAUAGAAACAACAACUGGGAAUACAAUUGAAUUUGGACUAUGUGAGAAUUUUUCCAGAAAUAUUCAGAGGAAUGAAGAUGGUAGGAUCGAACGAAAAGAUUCCCCAGUCGACAAUAGAAUAGCAAUAAUUGAUAGAUCUGAUUCCGCAGGGAUAAUCAGCCACUAUAAUUGGCUGAUAGUUGAGGGUCGACUGAGGGAUAUCAUUUUAAACGAUACUGGUGUGCAUAACAAACAAUUCGGCAGUGCAUAUUCCUACAAGGGAGUUAAAGUUAUUACCUGUGCAAACAAGGAAUCUCUUGAUUUUCUUGUCCAAACAGUAAGUAAUCUUGAUAAUCUAUGGGAUGGAAGUCAACUAUUCGCAGUUUCAAUUACUGACAUUCCAUAUACGGCGACAUUGACUGCAUGGAUUCCUCCCCCACAAAUAGACGCAGAGCACAUCCUGAAAUUACUCGAAAAACAAAAUCCAAAUUUGCAAACCGGUAACUGGAAAGUCAUUAAAUCGAAUUCAAGCUCUGAGAAAGGAGGACAAACAAUUCAUGUUAUCGCGAACAAAGAAGGAGAGUCAUAUCUAAAGCAAUGUAAUGGAAAGUUAAAUUUUGGUUUGGGAAGCAUUCGUUUCCGACUGGAGAAGAAAAAAUAAAAUUAUUUUAUUUCUAAAUAUGUGAAGUGAAUUUAUUCUUUUAUUUUUUUUUUUUUUAAUUAUUAAAAUCGUGCACAAAACUUAAUUUCUAAAUUAGAUAUAUCCUAAUGUUACUUAAAAAAUUUUGGAAUAAAGUUGUUUAAGUUC